AUGGCCGCCACCAAACAACUUCGAAUUGGCGUCUUUAUCCCAGCCAGUGUCCAGCUUCUAGAUCUCUCCGGUAUUGACCUCUUCGACAUGAUCACUCCAGAAUACCUUAAGCUAUGUGGGCUACCACCUCCUCUAAUAUCACUUGGCGUUCCUUCUACCAUCCACUAUAUAUCUGUGCCCGAGAAAGGUUCGCACGUGGAGUUGACUGCCAAGGUUGUUCUUCAAGUAUCCAGAACUAUCGAUGAUCCGGAUGUCCAGCCUGGGAUGUUGGAUAUAGUCCUAGUUCCAGGCCCCGAGCCUGGCACGAUUUUUGAAACGAAGGUGCUGGAGUACUUGAGAGGACACGCGGAAUGGAAGGGAGAGAAUGGUCAAACGACGGAUAUUUUGAGUGUAUGUACAGGUUGCAGCAUGCUGGGUCAAGCUGGGAUUUUAAAGGGGAAGCAUGCAAGCGGACCAAGGGCGCUGGUGCCGAGAUUGAGGAAGGAGUUCCCGGAGACUUCUUGGGAUGAUAGUAAAAGAUGGGUACAAGAUGGAAAUGUGUGGACUAGUGGAGGAAUAACGAACGGUCAAGAGAUGGUAGCGGCGUAUCUUAGAUACAAUUUCCCCGGCCCAACAACGGAGGCGGUAUUGUCCAUGGCUGACGUGGGCGAGAAGGGAUUGGAUUACGGCAAAAGCGUGGCAAGGGUUCAGUUGGGAUGGCUGUGGUGGAUUUUGAAGGCGUUGACUGUGGGUGGUGGUAAACAGAAGAAGCUAUAG